AUGGUCCAGAAGCUCAAGAUUGGUGCCGCAGGCCUCGGCCGUAUGGGCAAGCGUCAUGCUGUCAACUUUCUUCACCGCACACCUCGCGCGGAACUCGUCGCCGCCUUCACCCCCGAUCCCAACGAGUUGGUCUGGGCGAGGGAGAACCUGGAGCCGUACGGUGUCACUCUCUACACCGACUACGACGAGAUGAUCAACCACACCGGCAUUCAGGCUGUCGUUAUUGCAACUGUCACCAAGGUCCACGCCGAGGAGGCCAUCAAAGCCGUUGAGAAGAAUCUCCAUGUCUUGUGCGAGAAGCCCAUCUCUCUCAGUAUUGAGAAGUCAAUGGAGCUUGUCACAGCUGCACAGCGCAAGCCUCACCUGAAGGUUAUGUGCGGCUUCUCUCGUCGCUUUGACGCAUCGUACAGGGAUGCGUUCGAGAAGACGGAGGCCGGACUCAUUGGCAGACCAUCAGUCAUCAGGUCGCAAACGUGCGACAAGCAUGACCCCAGUGGCUUCUUCGUGAAGUACGCUGCCCUCAACGGAGGCUCCUUCGUCGACAUGAGCGUGCACGACAUUGACCUGACGAUGUGGUUCUUCGGCGAGGAUUCCGUCGUGAAGUCUGUCUCUGCUGCUGGUAUUACCGCCGUCUCCCCCGAGCUGGCUGAGCACGGCGACACCGACAACGCCGUUGGUAUCGUCGAGUUCUGGGGCGGCAAGAUCGCCUACUUCUACAACUCUCGCAUGAUGGCCCACGGCCAGGAGGAUACGACCGAGAUCAUCGGCACUGGUGGCAAGCUCACCGUGAACGGAAACCCGCAGUCGAACUUUGUCAACAUCUACGGACCCCAGGGUAUCACAAGAGAGGUUCCCGCCCAUUACUACGGCCGAUUUGAGUAUGCGUUCGUUGCUGAAGCGAACGAGUUUACCGCCGCGGCCCUCGACAACACGGAGCUUCCCCUCAAGCUUGCCGGUGCUGUCAAGGCCGUGCAGAUUGGCUCAUACUUGCAAGAGGCCUUGAGGACCGGAAAGAAACUUUACUUUGAUGAGAAUGAGCGUCCCAUUGAGAACCAGGCCAAGUUGUAA